UCUCAGACGCUACCGAACGCCGGUACGGUGUUGCACGGUGUGUGCUGUGCUUUCUUCGCCGUUCCAUCGGGAGAACAGACAGACAGACAGACAGAGAGAGAGAGAGAGAGAGAGAGAGAGAGAGAGAGAGAGCGAGAGAGAGAGAGCGAGUAAAGGAGGGGGAGAGAGGAGAGGAGAGGAGAGGAGAGAAGAGAAGAGGAGAACAGAGUCAGAGAUCAUCGCGUGGACCAUCUUCUCGCAAAGUCCUCGCGCGUACCCUUCUUCCCAUACCGAUCCUCUACUUUUUAUUCUUCGUAUCUCGUCAUUGCCCACUCGCGUUUGCAACGACGGACGCACGCGGAUAAUUAAAAGGAACAACAGGUUCUUCGUCUUGCAUUCUUUUAUUCAAAUACACGCGUAAUGAGUCGUUGACGAAUUCGCCGAAAGAAAGAGACAGAUAAAUAGAGAGAAAGAGAUUGUAAUUUCACGCGAGAAGAGGGCGAAGAGAUCGAGGAGUACUCUUUGCCUGUUAUCGAAAUGAAGAAGAAUCGUGUUUUAUUAAAGAGUGCGUUGCUCUUCUUGCUGAUCGGCGCUGAUCUACUACUCGUCUCCGCAUCCGAGAACGAUGACUUGGUUUUCGAUCAAGAUGGCAAACAAUCGAGCUUGGAAAUUCCGUUGAUCGAGAAACACGAGGAGCAAUCGAUCUUUCAUAGGAUAAAGAGAUCGUUUUUUAGUUUUUUCGAUCCCUUCGUAUCCGCUACUACUACCAAUACCAGUGAUACUAACGUCGACAACGGUACCACCACUUCAGCGAUCGGUACCACGUUAUCGUCGCCGACGAACUUUCGAAAAAACGAGGACACCGUUGGCCAGAUCGACGAUACGAAUAAUACCGACAUUACGAAAUCAAAGAAAACCCGUCCGAAUUUGGAGAGAUUGAUUCGAGAUAGUCAAGAGGAGUACGUCGACGAUAAGCAGGAGAACGAGAUCGGUGACGUGGCGGAAGGGCGAAGACAACCGCAGAAUUAUGUCAAUUCCGACGACGAGGACCUCGUGGCGUCGGGCGAGAUCGAGGGUAGCGCAACGGACUCGGACGUUUCCCAACCUGUCACGGAGGGACAAAAGAUCGAAGGAAAGGCCCGAUUUUAUCGGAUAACGUUGACGGUUGGCGAGCCUUACAGAAGAGAGUACGCCGACAGAAAGAGCAGGGAGUACAAGGAGCUAAGCGGUAAUUUGACACAGGCUUUGGAAGAGCUAUACGCUCGACAUAUUCCCAAUUACGAUCACAUGGCCAACGUCAUUAAAAUAUCGCCAACGUCCGACGCGUUUACGUCACAAGUCACACUCGACAUUGGUUCUACGUUCACGGACGAGUUGGAGGUACGGGAUAUACUCGAGAAACAGUUGCAGUAUCAUUCCUUGGGAAGCAUCCAAGUUGGUCCGGAGGGAUUCACUUUCCGACAUUUUCUAGGAAUGGAAAACGUAUUACCGGAAUGCGAUCAAUCGAGCGAAUUAACAUGUAGAAACGGUGCAUGCGUGCCAUUAGAUUCGCGCUGCGACGGCACGGACCAAUGCGAGGAUGGAUCCGACGAGGUCGAUUGUCACUCUACGUUACGGCCGACUACGACGCACGUUAGCGAGAGCGAAGAAGAGAGAUGGCUUUUGCCAACGGAGGCAACCAGCGAGGGCGAGGAGCCGACCGACACUGGGGAGGAGGACCUGAAAGAAGCCAAAGGAGAGGAAGAGGAUUCGACCUUGAGGGCAGCUUCGAACAAAUGUCGCGCCGACGACGUGGUCCGCUGUCAGGAUGGAAGUCGUUAUAUUUGUUCCGUACAGCGAUGCGACGGCGUGCCGGAUUGCGAGGACGGGGCCGAUGAAGUAGGAUGUCCGCAUUCAGGCUGCAAGUUUGGCGAAUUCGCUUGCGACGUGCGAAGGUGCAUCCUGGAAUCUCAACGUUGCAACUUCGUCGAGGAUUGUCAAGACGGAAGCGACGAGCACAAUUGCAAUUAUCCCGCGUGCACGGUGAGCCAAUUCAAAUGCAGGAACGGAGAGUGUAUCGACGGAAGCAAGCAUUGCGACGGUGUUUUGGAUUGUCGAGACAGAUCGGACGAAUAUGGCUGUCCCUGCAGGGAAUACCAAUUCGAGUGCUCGGCCGGUUACUGCGUAGAUCUAUCUCGUCGCUGCGACGGAUACGCCGAUUGUUCCAACAAAAAGGACGAAGAAAAUUGUAUCGGAACGACAAGAUGCCGAGAGGACGAGUUCGAAUGUGCCAGCGGUACGACGUGUGUCAGCAAGAUGGCAAGGUGUGAUGGACGAAACGACUGCGACGAUCGUUCAGACGAAUAUAAUUGCACCGUAACAACCUGCAGCAGCGAUCAGUUCCGUUGCAUAGACGGCAUCUGUCUGAGCAUCGACAAAAGAUGCAACGGCGUGGCUGAUUGUCGUAACGGCGAGGACGAAAACCAGUGCGGUUGCGGAGAUGCAGAAUUUCGGUGCACGGACGGCCGAUGUAUAGGCUACGAGUUGCAGUGCAACGGGGUGAACGAGUGUUCCGAUGGCUCGGAUGAGAGGGAUUGCGAAAAGUACAGCCAACGAAAGAAUUAUAAUCCCAAACGCAUCAAAGCGAUCGUAAGGAAGUUGUUCAAGGCUAAGGAAGCAUCGCUAGCGAGCAAGUACAAGAGACUGAAAACUAGUGAAAAAAGAUUGAAGGAGAAGCGACCGAUCCUGGAGAUGUGUGCCAAGGAAUAUUUGAGGAAUAAUUCGUCGAAUAACAGUUUAUGCUCUCAGAUAAUUAGAAAACUGGGGAAACAAUGGAUACGCCAUUGGAAAUAUCAUGAAAGCGAUCGAAGGAGAGAGGAAGAGAGUCUCGUAUCCUCGUUGCUGAAAUCUUUUCCCGAGUUGGAAGAUCGGAAAUUUGAAAAUUCGGAUACGAUACUCUUUGAUGAUUCGACUCCAAGGCAAUAUUCGAUGGAAGAUAACUUAAUUCGUUGGUCAACUCAAAAUGAUUUUUCGAACGAUACAAGCAAAAUUGUUUAUUCGACGAGUACUAAGGGAUAUUUUGUCGGUACGAGCGAGGAUUGGAACGAGACGAUUGGAACGGAAAGUUCGAGCAUGACUUUGAGUUCGACAGUUUACGAGGAGAACGAUGAAAAGUAUUUGGAAGAUAAAACGAACGACGGCUAUUCCGAGGACAGUGAUUCGUCGGUAUCAAAAACAACGACGACGAAGAUGAAUAUGACGCAUUGGGAAACAGGCUCGAACGAAUGUACGUCAAAAUGUGCCGAAUUCUGGAUAAAAAAAUUCUUGAAAGAAGUGAUGAAAAAUUCGACAAAAUUCAUUGAAAGUUUCACCAAGGGCAAGAUUGCGAGCGACCAGCCGGAUGUUGAUUCUAUCGAAUCAACGACAUAUAAAAGUUUUACUUUCGAAAAGGAACCGUUACACGUUAUUCCCAUAAAAAAUAUUAAAGAGUUUCUAUCAAAGAAGAACUCAAGCGAGAACGAGAAUUUUUUGGAAACGAAUGACAUAACGAACGCAACUACGGAAUCGUUCGAUUUUCCUCUAUUCGAUGAUAUGAUUAAUUGGCAAAAUAUGACCGAAGGGACUACUACCGAAAGUAUUCGGGAGAAUAUUUUUGAUUCGAGAGAGAUAACUGAAAAUGAGAAGGACGCAACGGACGAGCCAAGCUCUUCGUCGGUUAUUCCCGCCGAUUGUAACGAUAAUUAUCAAGGCGAGACCUCGACCUUGAAAGAAAUCGAAUCAAAGAAGAAUACGGAUAGCUUCGAAUCGAACGAGUACGACGAGGAUUCGACGAGAUUGUAUUACAAUUCGACGAAAAGCGCAACGGAGGAAAAUGGGCAAGAUUACGCCGAGGAUUCGGUUGAGAACGGAGAGGAGGAUGAGGAUGAGGAUGAGGAUGAGGAUGAGGAUGAGGAUGAGGAGGAGGACGACGACGACGACGACGACGACGACGAUGACGACGACGACGACGACGACGACGACGACGACGACGACGACGACGACGACGACGACGACGACAAGUGCAACGAUAGCCAACACACUUGCGACAAAGGUAAUAGGUGUGUUAUGGAGGAACAAGUUUGCAACGGGAUCGCCGAUUGUGAUGAUGGCACCGAUGAGAACAGCUGCGAUUAUUAUUUUGACGUGAUAAAGAAAGUCGACAAAUUUAACGACAAGGACUGCAACCUCUUCGAGUUUCCUUGCGAUGGAAAGUGUAUAGACCCGUUGCUCUUAUGCAAUGGCGUUAAAAAUUGUCUCGAUGGCACCGAUGAAGAGGAUUGCGAUGUUUCCGAGAAAAAAGACCAAACCUGGCCAGGAUGGGCGAACGAGAAAACGUGGGAAUGCGAUCCUAAUCGAGAAAUGCGCUGCGACGACGGCAAAUGCGUGCUUCUCAAGCGUAAAUGCGACAAUAUCUUCGACUGUCUCGAUGGUACCGAUGAGCGCGGUUGCGGAAUCUGCACGCCUGCCGAAUGGAAGUGCGCCAGUGGCGAAUGCUUGCCAGAAAACGAAAGAUGCGACGGGGUACGCAAUUGUGUCGAUGGAUCCGACGAGUCUGGAUGUGUAACUGAAUGUCCGCCUGGAAAUUUUCGAUGCAACGAUGGAUUGUGCCUCGACAGUAAGAAACGUUGCGACGGACGAUCGCACUGCUUGGACGGCUCCGAUGAGAUCAAUUGCCAGUGCCCGAUUGGUAAGAGAGCGUGCGACAACGGCGUUUGCAUCGACGAGAGAUUCUUCUGCGACAAAAAUUACGACUGUCUGGAUCGCAGUGACGAAUUUGACUGCCACGACGAGGCAACGAGCGAAAAGGGUUAUCCGAAGGAGAAGGAGUGUAACGAGAACGAGUUCACCUGCAAUGACGGAUCUUGUAUACCUCGAUAUCUCGUCUGCGAUGGUAGAUCGGAUUGUUCGGAGGGUACGGAUGAGUUCGGCUGUUCUCCUCACGGGUGCGGACAAGAUCAGUUUCAAUGCAGAACCGGCGAUUGUAUUAGAAACGACCAAAGGUGCGACGGACGUAUCGAUUGCGAGGAUGGCUCGGACGAACCCUCCGAGUGUGACACAACGACGCUCAAGCCAGAAGGACCAGGCGCCCGUCCGAUGCCAGGUCGUUGUCCAGCCGGACAAUUCCAAUGCGUUUUGGAUAAGGCCUGCGUACCGCAGUCAUCCAUUUGCAAUGGCGUUCCCGAAUGCCGAGACGCCAGCGACGAAAACAAUUGCGGUCCAACCGGUGGAUCGACCGGACUGAACUUGAAAACUUAUCCGAGCGAGCAAGUGAUCAAGGAGAACCCGGCGAAGCAAGGCCGUGAGGUCGUCUUCCAAUGCCGUGACGAAGGUCCUCUGCGUGCAAGAGUACGCUGGCUUCGCGAUAACGAUCUUCCUCUACCGCCUGCCAGUCGAGAUCUUAAUGGCAGAUUAGAAAUACCAAACAUUCAGCUCGAUCAUGCGGGAAUUUACAUUUGCGAAGCAGUGGGCUAUCCUCCAUCCAUGCCAGGAAGUCGGCUAAGCGUCAAUCUCACUGUCGAAAAGUUCGAGGAACCAACAACGAGGCCCCCACAAGUCUGCCAAUACGAUCAGGCCACUUGCAGCAACGGAGAUUGCAUUCCAAAAUCGUACGUCUGUGAUGGAAAAUUCGAUUGUACCGACGGCUCAGACGAGAUGAGAUGCAGUCCGCACGGGUGCGAGCCCAACGAAUUCAGAUGCAACAACAAGCAGUGCGUGAGUAAGCUUUGGCGUUGCGACGGUGAAAGGGAUUGCGCCGACAACAGCGACGAAGAGGAUUGUGCACCUGCUCCGCCUGGUUCACCCUGCCGUUAUCACGAAUUCGCUUGUGCGUCGUACAAUCAAUGCAUACCGAAGGUUUAUCAUUGCGAUCGAGAACGGGACUGUCUCGAUGGUAGCGACGAAUUUGGCUGUUCUCCCGUAUACAUCGUUAAGCCACCACCGCCUAUGGUAGUCCUCGAGCCGGGUGACGUUAUGGUACUGACCUGUACGGCAAUCGGCGUACCCAUUCCGGAGAUAAACUGGCGACUAAACUGGGGACACAUACACGCGAAAUGCAGCAGUACGUCCGUGAACGGAACCGGGACAUUAACGUGCCCUGAUAUACAGCCAGAGGACUCGGGCGCUUACUCCUGCGAGGCUUUGAACGUUGUCGGCUUCGUUAUAGCCCAACCGGACGCUAUUUUGGUGGUAAAAGAGCCAAAGGGCAUUUGUCCGAAGGGAACGUUCAAUGCCGAGGCGCGUUCCGUCGACGAGUGCAUAUCUUGCUUCUGCUUCGGCGUAGCUACCGAGUGUCGUAGCGCAAAUUUGUUCACUUAUCAGAUACCACCUCCGUUCGAAAGUCACAAAAUCAUAUCGGUACAAACGGAAGCGGAAAUACGUUUUUAUGGUGACAUCAAAGAUCAAAUAUCGGAGGUUCGACCGAUUGGCCGUGAUGGGAUUCAAUUGCUCGAAUCGUUUAGCAACGAAAUGAGUACCUACAGGAUACCGUACUACGCCUUAUCCGAGAAUUAUCACGGUAGCCAAUUAAAGUCUUACGGUGGUUACUUGACUUAUACGAUACAUUACAAUGGCAAUGGUGCGCCUAACGACGCGCCCUCGGUCAUUCUUACUGGCAACAAGUACAUACUCGUUCACAAAGGCAACCACAUACCUCCCGAUUACGAGACGAAAGAAUCCGUUAGAUUUUUCUACGGCGAGUGGUAUAAGCGUCAUGGUAACUCCGAGGUACUGGCAUCCAGAGAAGAAAUAAUGAUGACGCUGGCGAACGUCGACAAUAUUCUCAUCAAAGCAAAAUACGAAGAUUCCCCGCAAUUGGACGUGCGUAUCACCAAUAUCGUAAUGGACACCGCCGACGUGCGCAAUACCGGAUUAGGAUCCGCGUCCUUUGUGGAAGAGUGUCAAUGCCCUACCGGAUACAACGGUCUUUCGUGCGAGAACUGUGCCUCGGGAUAUCUUAGACGCGAGACCGGACCGUGGCUUGGACAAUGUUACCGAGACGAUCCACCCUGCGCCCCUGGUUACUACGGAGAUCCUUCGAGGAACAUACCUUGCCAGCUUUGUCCAUGUCCUCUGACCAAUCCAUCGAAUCAAUUCACACGAACCUGUCAUCUCGGAUCGGACGGUGAGCCUACGUGCGAUUGUCCAGCUGGAUACGUCGGUCGUAGGUGCGAACAAUGUGCUAUUGGCUAUCAAGGAAAUCCUAUCAUUCCCGGUGAUAUGUGCGUACCCGUGCAACAAUGCGAUCCCGAUGGUAGUCUCACACCGAACGCCGAUCCCAAUACCGGAAAAUGUCGUUGCAAGCUAUACGCAACGGGCCUGACGUGCAACCAAUGCAAGGCAAAUACAUUCAACCUGGGCUUUAGGAAUCAAUUCGGAUGCAUAAGUUGCUUUUGCAUGGGUAUUACGAAUAAAUGUGUAUCGUCCAAUUGGUACAGAAACGAGAUUCACGUGUCCUUCACAAAUUCCUUACGAGGUUUUACGCUGACCGAAUCGAAAACACCCGACGCACCACCGAUAACGGAUGGCAUUCGACUCGAUAUGAUCAAUCGCGAAAUAGUCUACAACGAUUUUCAUAAUCGCGGCAACAAUGAUGUUUAUUAUUGGCAAUUACCGAAUAUUUUCCUCGGCGAUCAAAUAACAUCGUACGGUGGUAAUCUGAAAUAUACGGUUCGAUACGUUCCAUCGCCGGGUGGCCAAAGUUCGAGAAACAAUGCCGCGGACGUCGAAUUGAUCAGCGCCAAUGACAUUAAAUUGCUCUAUUAUUCGCGAGAAUCUCCCGAACCGAAUUCUCAACAAUCGUUCGUCGUUCCGUUGCUCGAGCAAUAUUGGCAACGUGCCGAUGGAACUACAGCCGACAGAGAACAUCUUUUAAUGGCAUUAGCGGACGUACGAGCUAUCAAGAUUAAGGCUACUUACACGACCCACACCGACGAGACGGCACUUUCCUCGGUUUCCCUUGACACGGCAGAAAAGCAUAACACCGGAAAGGCAAGAGCGGUCGAAGUUGAGGAAUGCAGUUGUCCCGUUGGAUACAAGGGACUCUCGUGCGAGGACUGUGACGUUGGUUAUACAAGGGCCAUGGAAGGCUUGUAUCUUGGAAUUUGCGAGCCUUGUAAUUGCAACGGACACUCGAGUCAGUGCGAUCCCGAAACCGGUCUUUGCGAGAAUUGUGCCGAUCAUACUACCGGAGAAUACUGCGAGAGAUGUGAAUCCGGAUACGAAGGAGACGCGACUCGUGGUACUUCCAGUGAUUGUACGCGCAGAAAUGAUCCUCAAGAGUGCAACUGCAACAAAGCUGGAUCCCGUAGCUCCUUGUGUUUCGCCGGUCGCUGCGAAUGUAAGAGGAACGUCGAGGGACCGGAAUGCGACAGAUGCCGUCCGGGUACCUUUGGAUUGUCCAGAGAAAAUACGGACGGUUGUAACGAAUGUUAUUGCAGUGGCGUGACCAAACAAUGCCACGAAAGUUCGCUCUACGUUCAACAAAUACCAAUAUGGGUUUACGAUUCUCAUCAUGGAUUUACCCUUACCGAUGACACGAGACAAGACGUUAUAAACGACGGCUUUGAUUUGAAUGUUGCUAUGAACGAAAUUGGAUAUCGCUAUCCCGACAAUCGUAGUCGCAGACUAUUUUGGUCUUUGCCGUCCGCUUUCACCGGUAAUCAAGUAAAAAGCUAUGGUGGCAGUUUAACUUUUACUCAGCACAUCACCGCACAGCCUGGCGCACAAACCUAUAAAGAUCAAGACGUUUUACUCAUUGGAAAUGGCAUCACAUUAUUCUGGACUAAUCCAGUAGAUCUUUCACCGGACAUACCAAUGACCUAUUCCGUUGUAUUGAACGAAUCAGAAUGGAAACGAUUAACGACAGCAGGUCCACGGAGUGCUUCUCGUACGGAUAUGAUGACGGUUCUUUCCAAUAUCGAAGCUAUUCUGGUCCGAGCUUCUCAUAGUGAAGAAAUGACGGCGACUUACAUCAGCGACAUUAGUCUCGAUACAGCGGUAGAAAAUUUCUCUGGACAUAGAAGAGCACCUAACGUCGAAGCGUGUCGUUGUCCAGCCGGUUACGUCGGAACAUCUUGCGAAACUUGUGCUCGUGGAUAUUACAGAGAUACCAGUGACAGAGCUUUUAGCGUUCUUGGCUCCUGCAAUCCUUGCCCGUGUAAUAACAACGAAGAAAAUUGUGAGAUCAAUAGGUCCGGACACGUCAAGUGUAAUUGCUUGCCAGGUUAUACAGGACAAAAUUGUCAAGACAUUGACGAAUAUCCUCAAACUACUCCUCCUCCAACACCGACGAUUACCCCACCAAGAAUUGUCGUUUUUGUACAAGAACCAGAAUUCCAAAUUGUACAUACUGGAAAUACCGUUAGAUACCAUUGCAGCGGUAGAUCGCUUGACAAUGGCUCUUUGUAUAUUCGCUGGGAGAAGGAAGGUGGCCAAUUACCAUCGGGUAGAAGCAUAGACGAUUCUCACGGAGUCUUAAUUAUUAGAGACGUCAAAGUAUCCGACAGUGGUAUAUACGUUUGUCAAGUUAGCGACGGGAUAAACAUUGGAAUUAAAAAAGUUACUCUGACCGUUGGAGGAGCAAAUCAGAUAAAACCUCGAGUCGUCAUUAUGCCACCUUACCUCGAAGUAAAAGAAGGAGAACCGGUAGAAUUUCAUUGCGAUGCCAGUGGUAAUCCCCCUCCGCAAGUAGAAUGGAUCCGACUUCACGGAAGUAUCAGCUCGGAGUCGUCGUUCCAUAAUGGCGUUUGGAGGCUCCCAGCUGCCUCGAGAAACGACGCGGCCGAAUACAAAUGCAUUGCUAAGAAUAACGUCGGGGUGGAGGAAAAAACAACGAUUCUAUACGUUAGAGAAAAUCCAGAAGGUCCUCCGGCUACUGGUUUGGCUCCGAUUAUAACACCCGCCGAAUGGAUUGGUUCUAUCGGAGAUGUCGUCAGAUUAACUUGUACCCCGUCGCAAAAUGCAAACCUAACGUGGAUUCGAUCCGACGGUUUGCCUCUACCUUACUCCGCGACUCAGCGCGAUGGUACUCUGAUAAUCAAUAAUCCGACGAUUAAUGAUUCCGGUUUAUAUGUCUGUAUCGCUGUCAGUUACAAAGGAACAGAAACAAAUUCUACCGCUAGAAUAACGAUUAUUCCACGAAGAGAUCCACCAACGGUUAAAGUCAAGCCUGAAAGGCAAACGAUAUCUCAAGGUACGUCGACCGAAAUACGUUGCGUCACGAGCGGAGAACCGGGUCUCCAAGUGAAAUGGAGCAAAUUGUCGGAAACGAUGAAUUCUAACGUCCAACAAGUCGGAGAUACCCUUAGAAUUAUUAAUGCACAAGUUUCCGAUCGAGGCGUUUAUAUCUGUCGUGUCAGUAGUACCAUAGGCAGCUACGAAGCUAGUGCCAUCGUCGAAGUAGAACCUCGUGAAAUUCCGGUACUCGAAUUAUAUCCAAAGGACAUCCAGCCAGUUACGCUUGGCGGCUCUGCUGAUUUACAAUGUCGCGCCAUAGCCGGUCUUCCACUUCCCGAGAUCCGCUGGUCUCGUCAAGAUGGUAGAUCAUUUGCUCCGAACAUCGAACAACUUCCUGGCGGAUUAUUGAGAUUUUCUAAUAUUACGAUAAACGACGGUGGCUCUUACGUGUGCUCGGCGACAAAUGAAGUUGGUUCCGUCUCUGAGAUAGCUCAUAUCGAAGUACAGUCGAUACCUGUUAUUACGAUCGAACCAAGGGCAGGUAUUUUGCAAGUCAAACUUGGAGAUAGGGUGCGAUUGGCUUGCAGCGCUGUAGGCCAUCCGCAACCAAAUGUUGCAUGGAGUAAACAUAUCAAUGGAUUGGCCACGUACGAUGCGUACAGCAAAACUGCAGCAACGCCGUUAAGUGCGGUAUACGAAAUAUUCUCGGUUUCUCCCGACGACGAAGGUUCGUACUCUUGUCAAGCAUCAAAUUCGGUAGGCAUAGUGGAGGACCGUGUACAAAUACGGAUCGAGGACAACGAUAUUGAAUCUACACCUUGCAGAGGUGAUAUGAUGACGUGUGAUAAUGACAACAGACGUCCACCAAUUCAGGAUCACAGAAAUCCUUACGAAGGUGGUGUAUUGAUUCCUGAAGACUUUUUAAGAAUUCCCAAUAACGGUAAAGUGGAAAUGCGUUGUCAGGUAAUUGCCCCCGAUGGCGAUCAGAUUUAUCUUGACUGGAAGAGAAGCGAUCAUCGUGCCUUACCGAAGGGCAGUACCGUUCAUAAUGGCGUUUUAAGCAUUCCAACGGUCGACAAAAGUGCCGCAGGAGAAUACAUUUGUCUUGGUUUAAAUCCCGCCGGGACGGUCAUUUUCAAGGCUAAAUCUCAUCUGGAAAUUAUAUCUCCACCAAGAAUCGAGCUAAAUCCAACUCGUCAAACUGUUGGACCUGGAAAAAAUCCUUCUAUAACUUGCACCGCAACCGGGGACAAGCCCCUUCACAUUCAGUGGGAAGCUAUAGGACGGCCACUUCCCUAUUCCGUAUCCAAUGAUAAUAACGUUUUACAAUUCCACGGUAUAACGUAUUCAGAUGCCGGAAAAUAUGUCUGCAAGGCCACGAACGAAGCGGGCACAGCGGAGGCGGUAGCGGAAGUCAUAGUAAAUGAACAUACCUACGACGACACGAGCAUUCGUGCCACGCAAAGGGACGUUACAACGUAUCCAGGUAAUUCUGUACGUUUGCGUUGCGAAAUCAGAGAACAUGCUGCAAUAGAAUGGAGUAGAGAGGGCCAAUUUUUGCCUUUACAUAGUCGAAUUGGCGAUGACUAUUUAGAAUUGACGCAAGUGAGACCAGAAGACAGUGGAAGAUAUAUUUGUCAAAUUCGUAACUCCCAUGGAGUUUCCAGUGAUUACAUUAAUUUAAAUGUAAUACUAGUUAAUUUGCUUGCGGAUUGCAUGCCAGUGUACCGAUCCCAGUGCAGACCCGGGGAGUAUCAGUGCUACGGUCAACAAUGCAUUCAUUUGGAUUACUUUUGCGACGGCUAUGCUCAAUGCAACGAUGGUACUGACGAACGCUUCUGCCGCAUCCCGCAAUAUCGCCAAUUUCUUCAAAGACGACGCGCUGCCGUUGCACCUGCACUUACCAUCGAGGCAUCUCAAGAUCCUGUAAAUAUCGGAGAUACGGUUGACAUACGUUGCGCGUGUUCGGGUACUCCUAGUCCGCACUAUCGAUGGUCCAGGCCAAACCAUCCAGAUUUACCAUCGAAUGCUCAAACAUAUGAGAAUAUUCUUAGAUUAUCUAAUGUAGCCGUUAGCGAUAGUGGUACCUACAAAUGUACAGUAAUGACUCCGCAGGGCAUCUUCGAGGAAGAUUUCAAUCUCAUUGUACAGGGUGGACAUAACGAUGGGCCAGCAAUUGAAACGAAGUUUGCACCUUAUGGAUCUAGCAUUGAAAUGGAUUGUCACGUUGAUCUUGAACCACCUGUUAAAUUCCAAUGGAACAAACUUGGUGGAUUAUUAUCUCAGGAUACGGAAACUUAUCAGAAUAAAUUGAAAUUGAAAAAUGUCAAAGCCGAAGAUGCAGGAACAUACAUUUGUAUAGCAAACAAUGAUAAAGUAAAUAUAGAAGUACCAACUGUGCUUGUUGUAACAGGAGUCGUACCUAACUUCAGUCAAGCACCAGAAAGUUAUAUAGCUUUGCCUCCGUUACCUGAUUCAUAUCUCAAGUUCAAUAUUGAAAUAUCUUUCAAACCGGAGAAUUAUGAAGGCAUAAUCUUAUACAAUGCUGAAUCAAAUCAUGGUAGUGGCGAUUUCAUUCUUCUAUCCUUAGUAGGAGGAUAUCCACAAUUCAAAUUUGACCUUGGUUCUGGAUCAGCUGUUAUAUCAGCAGAUAAAUCGAUUACUCUGGGUCAAUGGCAUACGAUUAAAAUUCAACGUGUUAGAAAAGAAGUAACGAUGCUAGUCGAUGGUCAAGGACCAUACAGAGGAGUUUCAGCUGGUCGAAGACAAGGAUUAGAUCUUAAGGGACCACUUUAUAUCGGUGGAGUUCCAAAUCACAGUAUUUUUAUCAAAGAGGCUGUUACGAAUAUCGGAUUUAUUGGUUGUAUCAGUAGACUAGUCAUUGGUGAAAAGGAAAUUGAUUUAAUUGGAGAUCAAACGGGUAACGUAGGGAUAACAACUUGCGAAACGUGCGCUGAAAAUCCAUGCAAUAACGGUGGAGUUUGCCAGGAGGCAGCUACGAAGAAUGGUUAUAUGUGUUUAUGUAGAGCCGGAUUUAGUGGGAAACAUUGUAACUUUGUUGGACAAUCUUGUUAUCCAGGUGCCUGCGGAGACGGAAAAUGUAUGGAGAAGGAGACUGGUUUUGAUUGUUACUGCCCAUAUGGAAAAACUGGUUCACGUUGCGAACGAUCGGUAAAGAUCUAUGAACCAGCUUUUAACGAUGACAAAGCUUUCAUUGCACAUGAUACACCAAAGGCUCUUCGAAGGCUUAAAAUAGCUAUGAACUUCAAUCCUACCGACGAAGGAGAUGGAAUAUUGAUAUAUUGUUCUCAAAGCGAAGAAGGACUUGGGGAUUUUGCAGCGCUCAUAAUAAAGAACAAGCACGUUGAAUUCCGUUAUGAUAUCGGCUCGGGUAUGGCCACAUUAAGAUCUAAUUAUAUCGUGCAACCUGGAACAUGGACGUACGUAACGAUAAACAGAGAUUUUAAAGAGGCGAAAUUAUCUGUGAACGGAGAACCAUUUGUCGAGGCAAGAUCACCUGGUGGUGCACGUACCAUGACAUUGAAUACGCCAUUAUACAUCGGUGGCAUUGAUCGUAGAAAAAUUACAUUGAACAAGAAUCUUAAUGUUGAUCGUAGUUUUCGUGGGUGCAUUAGCGAACUCGAAGUAGCUUCCGUUAGCCUGGAGAUCUUAAAAUCGGCAAUGGAUAUGGCAAAUAUCGAAGAUUGUUCCAUGCUUCAUCCGAAUCAAACGAUUUCACGUACUACGCUCAUUACCCCUCCACCAACAAGUCCACCAACGACUUUGUACGAUCCGUGCACAUCGAGUCCUUGCAUACACGGGUUCUGUCAGAGUUUAGAUUCUCGCGAAUAUUCCUGUACGUGCGAAUAUGGAUACGCGGGAAGAAAUUGUGAAAAUGUAUUGAAACAGUGUGAAGUUUAUGCACCUUGUAGAAACGGUGGCAGUUGCACGGAUCUACACGGAUCUUACAAAUGCGACUGUAGGCUUGGCUUUAAUGGCCAAACUUGUGAAAAGUUAGCAGAGAUCACGUAUGACAUUGCAUUCAAAGGAGAUGGCUGGUUAGAACUGGAAAGAUCAGUAAUGACGCACGAAGAAGAACGUGAAGUAUUGGGUUUCGAGAUAUCGACGAAUAAAACAAAUGGCUUGAUCAUGUGGCACGGUCAAACGCCGAAUGAUUUGAAUCCCGACGAUUACAUAUCUCUCGCGGUUGUUGAUGGUUACGUGGAAUAUCAAUACAAUUUAGGAUCAGGGCCAGCGGUUAUUCGCGUAACCGCUCAAAGGGUCGACGACGGAGAAAGGCAUAGAAUCAUUUUAAAACGACAAGGUAGCGACGGUAGCAUCGAGUUAAACGGCGAACAUACAGAAAGUGGACUGAGCGACGGGCUGCAACAAAUUUUGAAUACCAGAGGCAGCGUUUAUCUAGGAGGUGUACCCGAUUACGCAAUGACCUACGGACGAUACCACGAAGGAUUUUCCGGUUGUAUUUACACUCUCGAAGUACAAGACUCCGGGGCUAUUGAUAUAGGAGAGAAAGCUAUUAGAGGGAAAAACGUUUCCCCGUGUACCAGAGUGAGAUGGAUUCCAUCUUCAUUGGUAUUUACGGACGCAGAUGCAGAUAUUUUUGAUGCGUUUGUACCUCCACCUCCUGUAAAUAUUAUUCAUCCAAAACCUGCUGCUAAUGUAGCCACAUGUAAUAUUAAGAGUUAUUUACUUUUGAUCGUGUUACAACAUUUGAUCGCGUUGAAAAUAGAAAACAGAAAUUUAAUCGUUGUUCGUACACUUUUUUACAUAGGCGCUAUUAAUAUAUCAUAAGAAAUGUAUUAAUUU